UAAGUUUCUAACGUGAUCUUUCAUGGAGGGUAGAAAAUUAUCAGUUUCAAUAUCGCCGAGUAUGCUUCUCAUGUCUAUGCCGACGGGGCGCCAAUAGCACCACUUCUCAACAGACAAGCAGACUAGAGAAAACCAAAGCUUAGUGAUCCAUAUCUCUCUGAAUUUUCUUCCGCAUAUUAAUGCUAUUUCUAGCCAUCUCAAAACCACCAAGGCAUGAUUAUUAGCCAUUUCUGCCCAAUGUCCCUUAGAGGGUCUUCAACGUCCCUCCCUUUUCAUGUCCUGCGUAAAUUCAGACCACCAUUCACUCUAAAACCCAUCCAAAUCCCCUGGAAGUGUUUUCGUAGGAAUUUAAGUCCACCGAGAUUAGCUUAUGAUGCAGUUGACGAAAUUUACGACCAGGAAAAUGAAGGUCACUUUAGAGGAACUGAAUUCCUGCAUUUGAUGGACGAGCAAGGAGUUCGAGCGAAUUCUCAAACAUAUCUGUGGCUUUUGGACUUCUGUUUGAAUUCUGGGUCCUUUGCAGAAUGCAAAAAGCUUCACGGAAAGAUUGUGAAGGCGGGUUUCGAUAGAGAAAGAGUUUUGUGCGAUAAGCUUAUUGAUUUUUAUCUUGCGGAAGGCGAUUUGGAUAGUGUAGUUCAGGUUUUUGAUGAUAUGCCUACUAGAAAUAUGAUUACUUGGAAUAAGGUAUUAUAUGGUCUCGUUGCAAAUAAAAUGAGUAACCGAGUAUUGUCUCUCUUUUCGCAAAUGGUACAGGAAAAUGUAAAUCCGAGUGAAGUUACAUUUGCCAGUGUUUUAAGGGCCUGUGGAGGUAGUAAUACUGCUUUUUGCUACAUUGAACAGAUUCAUGCUAGAAUGAUUUGUCAUGGGUUUCUAACAAGUCCAAUUGCGUGUAAUCCUUUGAUUGAUUUGUAUGCCAAAAAUGGGUUUUUAGAUUCUGCUAGAAAGGUUUUUGAUAAGUUAAGUGUAAAGGAUAGUGCUUCUUGGGUGGCUAUGAUCUCUGGUUUUUCACAGAAUGGAUAUGGAGAAGAAGCAAUUCGCCUAUUCUAUGAAAUGCAUAUAUCAGGAAUAUUCCCCACUCCCUAUGUAUUUUCCAGUGUUUUAAGUGCCUGCACCAAAGUAGAGUUGUUUGAUACCGGGGAGCAGCUUCAUGCCCUGGUUUUCAAGUAUGGAUUUUUUUGGGAGACAUAUGUGUGCAAUGCUCUUGUCACAUUGUAUUCCCGCUUAGGGAACUUUGUAUGUGCUGAACAAGUUUUCAGCAAUAUACAUAAAAAGGAUGAAGUUUCUUAUAACUCACUAAUCUCAGGACUAGCACAGCAGGGAUACAGUGAUAGGGCUUUGAAAUUGUUUAAGAAAAUGCAACUCGAUCACCUGAAACCAGAUUGUGUUACAAUUGCAAGUCUCAUGAGUGCUUGUGCAUCUAUUGGGGCUCUUUGUAAGGGAGAACAGCUACACUCAUAUGUGAUAAAAACAGGAAUGUGUUUUGAUAUUAUUGUUGAAGGUUCUCUGCUAGAUCUUUAUGUGAAAUGUUCUGAUAUAAAGACUGCCCAUAAAUUCUUUCUCACCACACAAACAGAAAAUGUGGUUCUAUGGAAUGUAAUGCUUGUAGCUUAUGGGCAAUUGGAUAAUCUAAGUGAGUCAUUUCAGACAUUUAGACAAAUGCAGAUUGAAGGGUUGAUACCUAAUCAGUUUACCUACCCAAGUAUUUUGAGAACUUGUACGACAUUUGGAGCUCUUGAUCUUGGGGAGCAAAUUCAUUCCCAAGUAAUAAAGGCUGGCUUUCAGUUUAAUGUGUAUGUCUGUAGUGUGCUUAUAGAUAUGUAUGCUAAGCAUGGAAAACUAGAUAUUGCUCAAGGAAUUCUUAGAAGACUUACUGUGGAAGAUGUUGUUUCAUGGACAGCUAUGAUUGCUGGGUACACGCAGAAUGAUUUGUUUUCUGAAGCUCUUAAACUUUUUGAAGAAAUGCUAAUCCGAGGGAUCCAAUCAGACAACAUAGGGUUUUCAAGUGCAAUCAGUGCAUGUGCUGGUAUUCAAGCACUGAAUCAAGGACGACAAAUUCAUGCUCAAUCAUAUGUCUGUGGUUUUUCACAAGAUAUUUCAAUUGGCAAUGCACUUGUUAAUCUUUAUGCUAGAUGCGGUAAAAUUCAAGAAGCAUACUUGGCAUUUGAAAAAAAUGAUGCCAAGGAUAGUAUAUCAUGGAAUGGAUUGAUAUCUGGAUUUGCACAAAGUGGAUACUGUGAGGAAGCGAUGAAGAUCUUUGUUCAGAUGAAAAGAGCUAAUGUUGAAGCUAGCGUAUUCACAUUUGGCUCUGCAGUUAGUGCAGCUGCCAAUAUGGCCACAAUAAAGCAAGGGAAGCAGUUCCAUUCCUUAAUUAUAAAAACAGGAUUUGAUUCAGAAAUUGAAGUUUCUAAUGCUUUAAUCACACUCUAUGCCAAGUGUGGUUGCAUCGAUGAUGCCAAAAGAGAGUUUUUCGAGAUGUCUGAAAAAAAUGUUGUUUCUUGGAAUGCUAUGAUUUCAGGCUACUCUCAACAUGGAUGCGGAAAAGAAGCAGUAAAUCUCUUUGAAGAAAUGAAACAGGUAGGUGCACUGCCAAACCAUGUCACCUUUGUGGGAGCUUUAUCAGCUUGUAGCCAUGUUGGUUUGGUCAAUGAGGGUCUUGCAUACUUUGAAUCCAUGAGCAAAGAGCAUGACUUAGUGCCUAAACCUGAACAUUAUGCAUGUGUCGUGGAUCUUCUUAGUCGUGCUGGUCGUUUGAGCCAAGCAAAAAAAUUUGUUGAGGAGAUGCCAUUUGUUCCAGAUGCAAUGGUUUGGAGAACCCUUUUAAGUGCUUGUACAGUUCAUAAGAACACAGCAAUUGGAGAGUUUGCUGCCCUUAAUCUGCUGGAAUUGGAACCUGAAGAUUCAGCAACUUAUGUUCUUCUGUCAAAUAUGUAUGCAGUGGCUGGGAAUUGGGAUUGUAGGGAUCAGACAAGGCAGAUGAUGAAAGACAGGGGUGUGAAGAAAGAGCCUGGUCGUAGCUGGAUUGAGAUUAGGAACUCAGUUCAUGCGUUUUUUGUUGGUGAUAAGCUCCAUCCCUUAGCAGAUAAAAUAUAUGAAUUCUUGGCUGACCUGAAUAAAAGGGCAGCUGAGAUUGGUUACAUGCAAGAUCGAUAUAGCCUGUUAAAUGAUGUGGAGCAGGAGCAGAAGGAUCCAACUGUAUAUAUUCAUAGUGAGAAACUGGCUAUUGCAUUUGGACUCCUUAGUUUGUCUGAUCCAAUUCCCAUACAUGUAAUGAAGAAUCUUCGUGUCUGUAUUGAUUGCCACACAUGGAUUAAAUAUGUAUCAAAGAUUUCAAACCGGACAAUUGUGGUACGAGAUGCAUACCGUUUUCAUCAUUUUGAAGGUGGUGUAUGUUCAUGUGGAGAUUAUUGGUAAGCAAAAUUGCAAUAAUUUUGUUGUAAACAAGGAUUUCAAGGGGUUCCGAGAGCAUGUUAUGUUCCCAGAAGAAUCUGCAUCAGUGCUAAAAUCACCUGCCACUUACAACUAAUGUCCAAUCCUCUCCUAGCUUUCUGCCUUUUCAUUUAUUGAUGUAAGAGUGGUGCUUCUUCCUAUAGAGAUUACAGUAUUCUUGUUGGUACAGAUGGUGCUAGAAGUACCACGUGGAAGCUUGUUGUGAUAGAGCUGAGAAGUGAAAAGGUCCUGCAAAAGCUUGUUAGCAUUCAUUUUUUAGCAGACCUUUGGCAAUGCUUGCUCAAUGAGAGACCUGGAAUUCUUUUCUUCAUUUCUCAACACUGAAGCUGUUGGGCUCCUUGUUGUACAUGAUCUCAGGCAAGGGGAAUCCAUAUUGCAACAUCUCAUAGGUUACCUUCUAUCCUCAGCAGAAUGUGGAUGAUUUCAGCUCAGAGGAAGAGUCUUCCCUACUGGGAGUAAUUUCAUGGAUGCUACAUAUGAUUUCAAACUGACAUCAAGAAAAUUCUUUGCAGACAAGUGGGGGAAGUCGAUUUUAUGUAUAAUUUUUCAUGGCAUAAUAUUUUUAUGCUGCAAAUGACCGUGGUGUGUCCAUUAGAAUUUACCUAGUUAGCAUUAUAAUUGUACAGUUCAAUGCAUUUUUAUCUUCUUGUCAUUUGUCUACUCUGUCGACUGGGCAAAUCACAUACUAUGCAAAGUUCUGUACAUGCAUUGCCUGGAUGAAUGCGGUAUUUGGGAAAGUCUCUGCAGUAGUGCUUCAUCAUGUAUAUAUAUGUAAAGAAGAAUUAAAGUCACUUUCUUAUAUUUUUAUGAUCUUUUUCAGACUAAUGGAAAAGUUCUGUGAUUCGAGAAAAAUAACUCUGGUCUCUGGAGCAGGCAAUAUGUGGGGGUUGUAGAGCCGUGGGACAUCGUUAGGGAAGAAAAGUGACCAAGCUGCCCCUCUUGAGCCAUGAAUUACAGCAGGCAUUCGAAGGGCAGUAUUGGAAUGCUAAGUUUAAUGAUGCAAUGACGCAUCUUCCAAGAAGAUGAUUUUUUUUUUCAACCUUCAUAU